UUUAUAUCCUGCCCCGGGAGAAGCUGCUCACAUCAGGACGCUGCCAAGAUCCAGGGAAGAUGAAGGUUGUCCUGGCUGUCUUGUUGGCUAUCGUCCUGUGCGCACAGCAAGCUGACUCGCUGUGGUGCUUCAUAUGCGAAAACCAAUCCAGCAACUGGAGCUGUUUGAAGAUCACAAAGUGCUCGGCUGCGGACAAGUACUGCCUGACGACUGUUGGUUAUGCUGGGAUUGGCAUGUGGACAGCCAGGAGGCGAAUCACCAAGAAAUGCUCCCCAACCUGCCCGGAGUUCAAUAUCAACCUGGGCUUAGCCUCCUACUCCACUACCUGCUGCAAGAGCUCCUUGUGCAACCUGAGUGGGAAGCCGGCACCCAAGCCAGGUUCUCCUCAGUGAUGGGGUAAGAGGAUCGGGGCCUUUCUUAGAGCUGGACUGUGAUGUGCUGGGAAAAGAGGGGCUUUAACCCUGAAGAACCUGCUCUGAUUUCCCCAGCAAGAGACCGACACCUUCUGUGCAUUGGGGUUAACGAAGUAUCCUAUCAGCCAGGCUUUGCCUCAAAACUUCUGAACAAAUAGCUUCUCUGUUGCCUUUCACACUGGGGUUCUGUUACCUGGCCCAGCUCUUGGAAGAUGUGCCAUCUUCUACUGUGCGGUCUUAGGUGCUGGACCGGGCUGAACGGCGCUGCCACCUAUGGCCAGGCGAGGCAGGAGGACACUGAGUGAUAUUCUGCAGAAAGGGGUUCUGGUGCAAUGCCAGACAGUUUCUAUAAUAUUUCCUUUCCUACAGACAUUUCUAGUCAGUGUUACACUCGGAAAACACAGGCCAAGGACCUGCCCCCCAAAUAAUUCCUAGAGCAGAGCUUUUAGAAUAACCUCCCCUCACGAUUUAAAACUUGCCAGUGAUGGAAAAUCCACCGUGACCCUUGUUAAAUUGAUCCAAUGACUAAUUACUCUCACUGUUAAAAAUGGACACCUGCUCUCCAGUCUGAAUGGGUCUAGCUUCAACUUCCAGCCACCGGAUCGUGUUAGACCCUUCUCUGCUAGAGCGAAGAUCCCGUUAUUAAAUAUUUGCUCCCCAGGCAGGAACUUUUAGACUGUGAUCAAGUCAGCCCCGAACCUUCUCUUUGUUACGCUACCUCGUUUGAGCUCUUUGAGUUUAUCACGAUGGGGCAUGUCACAUUGGUUGCAAUCUCAAUGGUGAAAAAGGAAUUAAAAUUCGUAGGCAAAAUUAUGAGACUCUCCCCAGCCCUUCACUGUCUGCUUCUGGUGAAGGGAGCAUCCCCUCACCCCGAUUUUCAAAUCCUAGCCCCAGGUUCAUUGUAGCAGGAGAGGCAGUGUGGCCUGCUAGAAGGUUCUGGACUGGGACUUAGAAGCCCUGGCUUCUGUUCCCAGCACUGCCCCUGGCCUGCUGGGUGACUCUGGGCAAGUUGCUUCCAUGUCUGUAAACAGGGGACAAUAGGACUGAGCUCCUUUGCAAGGCGCUUGAGAUCGACGGAUGGAAAGCGUGGGAGAAGCACUAGGGAGGGUUAUUAUUAUUACAACCAAGUGUCUGGGCCUCAGACUUCACCUCCGGGCAGCUUCCAGCCCUGUAGAUCAUUCUACCUCUUCCGACCCCAUUGCCUUAGCCAGGCAGCCAUCCCUGGCUCUCUUCUGUCAGAGCGCCUCUGCCCGCAAUCACACCUCUCUCUCCACAUCCAGUUACGCCUCUUCCUCUUGGCCAAGCUCCCGCUUCCCUCUCAGCCACUUCCUGUUUAGCUGUGGUGACACUUUUUAUAUAGAUGCACUUCUCUGCAUGCAUUUUUAACCCCUCCGUCGUCCCCCUCUCUGCGUGCCUUGAGCGGGCAGACUCCCAGAUUCAGCACCAUCUCCUGGACAGACAGGGCCUCCAAGACAGCUGUGCUCCCCCUUGGGCAAGAGCUGCAUUGCCAAGCCAAGCUCUGCCCCUCUCGCUCCUUCUUUGACCCACCCUUCUCUUUUGUCUCUCCUGUUCAUAUCCACGAUCCUAGACCCUUGGCCCUCCUUCUCUUCCCACAUCUGCAGAUCUUCCCACUGCCACCCAGGUGCUGCCUCGGCCCCUGUUCUGCUGAAAUCCCACCUCCUCUUUUGCCUGGACAUGUACAAUUCCCUCCCUUCCCAAAUCCGAGCCGCCGGGACUCCAGGAGAUGCUGGCUUCUCCUCUGCAAGAUGUGUGAACUCACCGUCUGCAUUCUCCAACAACUCCCUGGGCUCCCCAUUAAUUUCAGGACCCAGUUCAAAACUGCCCUCCUGGUGGGUAAAAACUCCCCCAUCUGUAACAUGUUUUCCUCCAAUAAGUUAUUCUGCCACUAGAUGUCUCUCUGUGUUGUGCAGAGUUGCAAACUGAGGGAGGGCCCCUGGUAAACAAGGGAGACAAAGAGAGGACCUGAGUUGAGUGGAAGCCUAUUUCUUUGUGUCUGGGAUUGUAGCUGUCUACUUUAAUAAAUGAUUCCUGGUUAAGCUGGAUUAUGAUUCUGUAUAGCAGGAAUCUUCCGGGAUUCGCUCUCUCUCAUCAGUCUGCUCCCCUUUUGGCUCCCUCCACUCCCCUAACACUGGCCUUUCUGGCCCUUGUCACCAUCACCCAGCUGUUGGCGUGAGUGGCUUCUUCUCCACACAUUCUGCUAUGUGGCACAGCCGUCUUUUAUCUGUGCAUCAGCCCAUAAUCUCUUUGAAACAUCAUCUAAUAAUGCACGUUUUUCUCCCUUCCCUGAAGCAGUUAACCUCCCGCUCCCUCUGGCAUUGCGCUUUAUGAUUGAAUGCUUUAAUUUACUCACCAUACAAUGUUUGUGCGCCAGGUGUUUUCUGUACCUUUUACAGCAUACCAGUUGGAGCCUUGCACUGUGCCGCUCUGCAAAAACUCUGUGGAAUCCCAUGUGUGUGACAGAUAAUAAAUGCAACCAACAUUUGAUAGCCCUGGAGGAUACUUGUCCUAGAACUAUGAACUGGUCAGGUUUUGUUUGGUAGAUCGUAAUUAAAAAUAAUUUUUUC